AUGGUUAAUGAUUCGGAUGCACAAAAUCUAAGAAUUGACACAAGUUUAAAUAUUAAUUCACAAUUAUAUAACAUGAGAGAAACUUCAAGUCCAAUAUCUUCCAUUGGUACACCAAUAUCAUCUCAAAUAGCCGGAUCGCCCGGUUCUUCCAAUUCACCUGGAUCACCCAAUUCCAUUAAUUCUGAUAAUCAUAUUUCAGAAUAUUUUGCGUUGAGAACUUCACUUGGAUAUGUUUCCGGAGAAUACUCUUCAAGAAUAUCAAGUGAUAUUAUCGAAGAAGAAAAUUUAUUAAGAGAAAGUUGGAAUUCAAUUGAUGCUAAUACGGAAAUGGAUGAUCAAACUGCUGAUCAGUUAAUAAAUAAUUUACAAAGUAAUUACUGGCAUAGAAAUAUCAAAUCAUAA